AUGAAAUAUUGUGCUAACUUAUAUAUAUAAUGAGAGCUUAGUAGAACAGUGAGAUCUAGUUCUACUGAUUUUUCUCUCUUUUUUUCAAAUUUAUUGUUAAAUGUGGAUAUCUUGGUUGAUAUCGUGGCAGUAUGCUAUGUUUGGAACUAACGCAAGCAUUAGCAACUAGAAAAUACUGUUAUGAAGCUUUUAAGCCAUAGUUCAAUUUUCAGAAUAGUUUUGACGGAACUAAAAUUUGCUGAAAAAAAUGAGCACUUCUUCAAGUAAGACACGUGAUGGCAAUUACUCAGCAUGUAUGUUUUGGAAGAAAAGACGCAACGUAGUAGCAGUUUUGGCAUUUUUCGGUUUCCUUAGUAGUUACACCCUCAGAGUAAACUUCAGCGUGGCCAUUGUUGCAAUGACCACAAACAGAACCACUGUUAGGGGGGACAUCAUAAUUAACGAAGUCUCGGAAUUUAACUGGGACUCCAAAAUGCGCGGUUAUGUCUUGAGCUCAUUCUUCUACGGAUACGUUACAACCCAGUUUAUUGGUGGAUGGUUGUCUAUGAAAAUCGGAGGCCAAAAGCUGUUCGGACUUGGAAUCGUCAUGGCAGGGUUUCUUACUCUACUAACACCAUGGGCAUCUAGAGCCAGCGUUUAUCUUCUCAUAGUUUUACGAAUUUUGGAAGGAAUUUGUGAAGGAGUCACUGUUCCUUGUAUGAAUACCAUGUGGUCUAAAUGGGCGCCUCCGUUAGAACGGACGAAGUUAUCAGCAAUGGCGAUAUCUGGUUGCUACUUCGGGACAGUUGUGGCGAUGUCAGUCAGCGCUUUUUUGGCAGAAAAACUAGGAUGGCCUAGUAUUUUUUACGUUUUUGGCAGCACUUCCAUAAUUUGGUUUAUAAUUUGGAUACGGUUUGUAAGCGAAACGCCAGCAGAAGAUCCGCGGAUAUCCAAAUCUGAGCUAGACUACAUUUCACAAUCUUUAGGGAGCGUUGAAACAGAUCACAUGACGACACAGCCGUGGAAGGAUAUUUUUACGACUCUUCCAGUCUGGGCAAUCAUAGUGUGUAAUUUUACAGACGACUGGGGUUUUUAUACCAUAUUGACACAACUUCCAACGUACCUUAAAGAUAUGUUUGGCUACGAUUUAGGACAAAUUGGAUUUCUCUCUUGCUUACCAUACAUAGCCACCCCCAUUGUCAUUACGCUUUCCGGUCAACUGGCCGACUGGCUACGAAAAACUCAAAUCUUUACAACGACGCAAGUGCGAAAAAUUUUCACUUCUGUUGCCUGUGUGACUCAAGCAUUUCUUUUAAUAGCAGUGAGUCAUUCUUCUUCGGUUACAGUUGCUGUGUUUUGUAUAAUUUUAGGGGUUGCUUUUCAAGCGUGCGGCUAUUCAGGAUAUGGAGUCAACAGCCUUGAUAUUGCCCCUCAACGAGCUGGCCUUAUUACCGGUAUAAGCAACACUGUAGGACCUAUGGCAGGAAUAUUUUGUCCUAUUGUUGCCGGUUACAUUGUGACCACCUCAGCUGACCAGUGGAGGACUGUUUUUUAUGUUGCGAGUUGUAUAAUCUUGUUUGGAGGUGCGUUUUAUUGCGUUUUUGGUUCAGGAGAGGUCCAAGCUUGGGAUGCCAAAACCAAGUCGGCGGGAAGUGCGUCGUAUGAACUUUUAAUACAAGAAUCAGAUGAUGACGAAAAACAACACUAAACACCAAAUGCCAACAGUUUUUAUAUUUGUUUUCGUUGUAUAAAGUUGUUAAAACCAAUAAAUUUACAAAGAUUA